AUGAUCCAGCAAUUUCUGGCUCUCGAGUACGGAAACACCAAGAGGCUCAAGCAAAAGCUUGACGACUACCUGGGGAAUGGCUGCUAUGAGAUAGUAGAGCGGUCUGGCAACCAAUGGCAGAUCAUGAUUUUUAGGAAACUGGACAAGAAUGAAGUCGAAGAAAUCCAAGAACACGUGAAACAACACUACAAGUCUACGACCUAA